GGUGAGGAUAACCCUGUGUGCGCUCCCAGGAUAAAGCGGUGUCGGAACUACUAUGAAAUCCUGGGGGUGGAGAGGGAUGCCAGCGAGGAGGACCUGAAGAGAGCGUACCGCAAACUGGCCCUCAAAUUCCACCCUGACAAGAACCGUGCCCCCGGAGCAACGGAGGCGUUCAAAGCAAUAGGAAAUGCUUUUGCAGUUCUGAGCAACCCUGAAAAGCGAUUACGAUACGAUGAAUUCGGAAGCGACCAGGAGCAUGUCAGCACUGGCCAGCCCAGGCACUACAAUUACUACACAGAAUUUGAAGCAGAUAUUACACCAGAAGAAAUAUUCAAUGUGUUUUUUGGUGGGCACUUCCCUACAGGAAAUAUCCACAUGUUCUCAAAUGUAGCCAGAGACACGCACUAUUAUCCGCGGAGGCACCGAAAUGAAAGAGCAUGGACACAGGAGCAAGAGGAGGAAGAAACUAGGCCACAG